GGUGACGAAGAGAGCUCUGGGAGCAGCGACUGGACACCAAGAGGAGAACGGACGCGCCCCUCGCCCAGGAAUCGCUCUCGCGGGCGGAGACCCAGCAUCCCAGUGCUCGCAGUUGCGCUUGCCCGGCGGCGCGCUCCUGCUAGGCGCCGCCAGCCCCUAGGACCCUCGGGGUCUGCGGAUCCUGCUGCUGCCUGCGGAAUCUCAGAGCUGGCAAGAACUCCCUGCGGGUGUCGGCAAACUUUUUCCGAGCCCACGUGCUGACCGAACAGCCGGCUCGCUCCCGGAGCCUAGGAUGGAGCGCCGCGCCUAGGCACGCCGUGCAGCCUGAGACUCGAGCGCAUGGUUCACGGCAGAGGGAGCGAUGCUCAACGAACCAAACUGACCAUUGCAGCCCCAGAGCCAGUGGCAUCUGUCUCUGAGUCAUCCCUAGGAGUGUGACCCGAACUGUCUCCUUGCAGGAGUCCGGCGUUUCCUCGACUUUGAGAGGUGUCUCUCCCCAGCCCGACCGUCCAGAUGCGUUUUCGCCUCUUCUCUUUUGCCCUCAUCAUUCUGAACUGUAUGGAUUACAGCCAGUGCCAAGGCAACCGAUGGAGACGCAAUAAGCGAGGUGGGUCGCGCUUGGCUGAAGCUAGCUAUGUAUCAAAUCCCAUUUGCAAGGGCUGCUUAUCUUGUUCAAAGGACAACGGGUGCAGCCGAUGUCAACAGAAACUGUUCUUCUUCCUUCGAAGAGAAGGGAUGCGCCAGUAUGGAGAGUGCCUACAUUCCUGCCCGUCAGGGUACUAUGGACACCGAGCCCCAGAUAUGAACAGAUGUGCAAGAUGCAGAAUAGAAAACUGUGACUCUUGCUUUAGCAAAGACUUUUGUACUAAGUGCAAAUCAGGCUUUUAUUUGCACAGAGGCCGCUGCUUUGAUGAAUGCCCAGAUGGUUUUGCACCAUUAGAUGAGACCAUGGAGUGUGUAGGAGGAUGUGAAGUUGGUCAUUGGAGUGAGUGGGGAACAUGUAGCAGAAACAAUCGCACAUGUGGAUUUAAAUGGGGUCUGGAAACCAGGACACGGCAGAUUGUUAAAAAGCCAGCGAAAGACACAAUACCCUGUCCAACCAUUGCGGAGUCCAGGAGAUGCAAGAUGGCCACGAGGCACUGUCCAGGAGGGAAGAGAACACCAAAGGCAAAGGAGAAGAGAAACAAGAAGAAGAGAAGGAAGCUGAUUGAAAGAGCCCAGGAGCAGCACAGUGUCUUCCUCUCUACAGACAGAGCAAACCAAUAAAAUACACGAAAUAGCUGGGGCAUUUUGAGUGGUUUUGUUUUGUUUUGUUUUUGUUAUUUCCAUUGCAAAAGUGCACAAAGCUACUCUCUGAUCCACACUGGUGGCCAGCAUUCCCACUGCUCUGACCAGUAUUCAUUUUUAGUAACAUUGCAAAGGGAAGUGCCCAAGCAUGGACUCUGGGUUAUUUAUGCUUUGAUUUGAAUCUGGAGCCUGUGGUAGCAGGAGCCUGUUGGGCUGAGUGGGAGCUGAUGCAUGUGUACUUCUGUGAUGAGCACAGUGUGUCAUUAGAACAUGUCCCUGGCAUGGUGGACUUGCAGGAGGCAUGAGGCUAUAGAUCGUCACCGGAGAAUGC